AUGCGGCUGAAACGCGGCGCUGAGCGGGCGUCCUGCGACUUCUGUCAUCGCCGCAAGAUCAAAUGCGAUCGGGCUUUACGGGAAAAGCAAGGUCAGCCUUCCUGCUCUCCUUGUUCUUUGCGCCAAAUUCAGUGUAUUCUCGAUGAUUCGGACGAUAUUCGUCUCCGCAGACGGCGAAGACUAAGUAACCGCGAUGGAGACGCUCAGAAUCUCAAUAAUUCGAACCUACUACCCCCUAUAUAUGGCGGAGAAACGCAAACGAUAUCCCAAGAGAGGCUUCAGCAGCCAUUGUCAUCCUACUUCCCGCCAGAUACAGAAGAUAGCAUCCCCUCAUCGGUGGACCAGACGCCGGACUUCUCUUUCAUCAACACCCCUUUCGAACUCAGCCCGGAAAGCAUUUUUUUCUUGGACCAAAUCUUCAUGGGCGGCGAUCAUGAAGGAUCAACAGAGUACCAUGAGCCACAAAUAGCGAUAGACCCCGACCUCCAGCUUCCGGUGGGAGGAGAACAGACUUCUCGUAACACUGAAGGCGGAUCGUCUGCUGAAGCCUUAGCUGGCAGCGCUCAUCAGAAACUCUGGGUUGAAUGCAAUCUUAACAAAACGACAUUCGAUGCCGCACUGCAUGCUUACUUUGACUUGGCCGCCGUUCAUCUCCCCGUGAUCAUGGAAGAUGCUUUCUGGAAGGAUUAUCACGCCGGGAGAUGCAGUUCUGCUCUGGUAUAUGCCGUUGCUUGUCGAGGAAUCAUUUUCACAGCUGCUUCGGAUAGCUGGGACAAGCAACAAUGCUUAGCCUUGAAGUUUAGACAAAGUUUCUUGGAAGCUCGACAGCAAGCAAUUGGUAAAUCAGUUAUACGUCUCGACGAUCUUGAGGCGCUGGCUAUCAUGACCAAUUGGGUAUACGAUGAAGCAAGAAGCUCGCCCCUCGAUACACAGUUGGGAAACCUUUUCUUAACACACGAAUCACUUGUCCUUGCUGCACUACAGUCGCAGAUGCAAGACUGCGAUGCAGGAAAUACAGACCCGCUAGGUCCGCUUGCGCGCUCAGAGGAGCGUCGUAGGCUUCUUUUCUGGCAUGUGUACGGAUUUGAUGCGUUUCAUAGCCUAGACCAGAACCUCAUCUCCAGGAUUCCAGAUGGAGAAAAUGAGGGCAUAUCACGAAAACUGCCGCACCAUGAUACCGGAAGCUAUCUCGAUGCCAUUCUCAGCCUGGCCAUUACUGCGAGAGAGAUGCUGCAGGUUUUUGUGACUGUCAGCACAAAACGAAAUGGAAUUAAGCCUCAAGACGCAAUUAAUAUGUAUGAAAGGCUCGACCAUUGGCACAAUCUCGAAUGCCCGGUCCAUCUUCGUAGGAAGAGAAAUAGUAAAGGCAAACUGAUACCACCCGCUGGCAAUGAGUCAUCAAAGUCUAAUUUCAUCCAGCCAUUACACUGCUCUCUCCUUUGGCUUUUGGAAAUAAACUGUUACUUGCAGGUCGAAGCUUGCGUCUCUCGUUACGGUAUGCGAGAUGGAGGUCCCUUUGAGACAGAAAUGGCUGCUCAUCGAAUUGAAUUGGAGUCUUUGCGGGCGGUCAAGGACGGCAUGGAUAUUUGUCAAUGGAUGAAACAAUACUCAGCGGCAACUGGGUCAGGCAGCGCUGCCAAGAGUCAUUCUCUAAUUGACCUUGCACCGUUCGCCCGCGAUAUCUGUGCAGGCCAAUGUUUUUGGAUAAGUGAACGAGGCAAAAUGGUGGUUCGUCAUCCCACAGGUCGGCAGCGAGGAGUAAAAGCCGGAAAUGAUCAGAAGAAGAAAGAUGCUGAUGAGUAUAUGAAGGCUGCCAAGGAAUUUCGAAGCGCCGUGGCGACAGCAACGUCGCACAGAGACACCGAACUUUUGUUGGAGCGGCUAGACAAGGAGAUUGCUUCGUUUGAGGAUCUUCUGGCUCAGUAG